AUGCCUCGCAACCCGAGCACAACCACUCCCCGCAGCCGAAUGAAUCCGACGACUCCGACGACGCCUUCUGGCAGACAGCGUCCCAAAAAAGAAACUCUUCACUAUUUGGCUGCCAGUUCUUCGACCACUUCCGUUGAUGCUGCAAGAACACUUUUAGGUGAGUUUUAAAUCAACGAUCAACCGACAAUCAGUUUGAUUUCAGAGCGCGGAGCCAAUGUAAACGCAAUCGAUCGAGAAGGAGCCACUCCGUUGCACUACGCGUGCGUGCACGACAACGUGGCAAUGGCUCAACUGCUGCUCACGUUCGGAGCCGAUCCGAUGAGCGCGGACAAACUUGGAAGGACCGCCUACAGUAUCGCCAAGGGAAACACGCUGAGAUUCCUGCGACGGUACCGUAAGAAGGACAGUCAACAGCGUUUGGGCUUUUUUCGUCGGUUCUUCGCGUGCCACUCCCGCAACGAAACUUUCUUCGUCGUUCGUCAGAAUCAGAAUCCGAGCAGUGCAAUCCAUCCAACUGGGCUUGCGGACGCCGCAUCGACAUCAUUCAACCGAGGAAACACAUUGACGAAUUCGUAUCGAAAUGCCAAAAAGAAGAUCCGAGCGACGUUCCACGCGAUCCGACGAAGCCACACAAACAGCUCCGCCACUCUUCAGGACGUCGUUCUCACUUCUGAAGGGCUCAAAACAGUAACAACACCCAGUAGAGCUGUCAAACAGGGGCUAGCUGCGAAACGAUCAAUGUCCGUUUCGGAUCUCCCAAAGAUCCCGGACCGGAGAGCCAUUCGUAAUGAGGACCAGAAGACGAGAAGAUCGCCGAUAAAGAAAGGAACGAGAAUGGGACGGUCGAAGACUCCAGACGCUGUUCCCAAUACGAGACAGACUCAGACUCAGAGACCGAAAAGAUCAAACAGUCAAGAGACGAAGCUGAAGGCGAUGCCGUCGUGGGAUCCGAUGUCUUACUACAACAACGCGAGAGCGAGAGCGGCUGGCCUUCGUCCUGCUCCGUCCGCUCCUCCGUUGUCUCCGGACCCUCCUGCCGUUCAGACAACUCCAAAGAUUCCGAAGGCGAGAAGCAAGAGUCCUGCUGCCAACACAACUGCCUAUUUCACCGCGGACGAAUCACUCGAACUUCUGGGAAACGACUUCAAGAAUCUGAACACUGCAUCGAAGACGCCUACGGCAAAGACGCCUAAGAGGACUCCGAAGAGAACACCUUCCAAACCUUCUUCCUCCGCUUCCUCGUCGGCCGAAGACGAACAAGAGCAGGAGUGUCUGACUCCAACCACUGUGGACGAUGGAGAAUUGCGAAAGAUCAAACGGCUCCGUGACGGAGAACUGAAAUGCGAACUCAAAAAAUACGGAAUCUCGCCUGCAGGACCGUUGGAUUCCAGAACGAGAUGGCUUUACGAGAAGAAGCUGUUGAGCGAGAGACGGAAGAUUACGAGCAAGGGGUACACUCUCGAUGUGGAUGUCUCCACGUUUGUGAGUUUUUGAUUCAAUUUCAUUUCUCGGUAGACUAUGAAUUUUGCAACUAUUAGACCACUUCUUGUAAGCGUUAAUGUCUUUGAAAUGAAGAAUCUGAAUUCUCAAUCAAAUUUCUAUAUUUUCCAGAGAUACUCGCCGCAACUCGAACUCGUUCUGAAAAAGGGCCGUCUUCCCGCAGACUUCGCAUUGAGAGCCCGUCAAUGCGACGAAAAAGUUCGCACGGAUUUCAGCGGAAAUGGUUUCGGAUAUAACGCAUUUUGCUACCUGCUAAUGGAUCCGCGGAUUCUGGGGAGCGACGUCGAGAAUCUGACCCUGACCAACUUUGUUCAGUCGAUAUUUUAUGUGGGAAAGGGAUCGAAGAACCGUCCGUUGGCUCAUUUCAUCGAUGCGCGCAAUGAGCGGAGAGAAAACUCGAGCAAACUGAAGAACAGUGAAAAGCUGAAAACGAUCGACGAGCUGUGGUCGCUGGGACACGGCAUUCCGAGACACGAAAUCGGUGAGCGCCAAAAAACCAUUUCAUUUUUAUGUUUUUUGUUUUCAGCGCACGGAGUGUCGGACGAAGAAGCGUACGUGCGUGAGGCCAGUCUCAUCGAGGCACUCAAACUCGCCAAUCUGAGCAAUAAAAAGUCGGGCGAGUUCCACGGAUCGGCCAAGAACUGGGACAGCAUAAUGAAGGCCGAGUAUGGCACUUAUCUGCUGGACCGAGCCCUCGCCACUCUUAGACUCGAGGGAAUCCGUCUGAUCACCGAGGACAACCUGCCCGAAGCCAUCUAUCCGUACGUGACGAAUCGGCGAGGAGCAGCCGGCGGUGUGCGGACACCAAAAACACCCAAAUAA